CCUCCACGGUUUGCGCGGGUAGCGCGUAUGAGUCAUGGCAGACCAGUUGUUUCUGAAACGUUCUGGACUGGAACACUCGGGGGAAUAGUCUUCUCACAUAUAAAGGCCCGAGCACUCCUUCCACCAGCCAUUCCGUUGUCGUGUCCGAUAGUAGUGUGUCUUGUUCCAUCCACUCAAGCAAUGUCAAAAUUGAACGAGUCGGAGAAAGUGUGUGUUGAGCAGUUGUGUCAGAUAAUUCCUCGAUCUGAAUUAAUCAAAAUUGCAAAAAAGAUUCUGAAUGAUGACACCACAGAAGCCACAGAAGAAGUGAUAAAAAAAUUGCUCAACAGUAAAAUGCCAUUCAAGACCUUUUUAAAUCUUGUCCCAGCCAAAGACUUAAAGACAUUUGUCGGCCCCUCUGAAAAAUUUUUGAGAGACGAAUUAAUAAACAUCAUAAAUUUUAAAAUUACUAAUGGGCGUAUUAAGAAGAAGGAUGUGAAGCCACAAGGUGAUGGCAGCACAUCAAGUACCCCAUCAAAAAGUCCUGCACCAAGGUCUUCAAGGAGUGCUGCAUCAAGCAAUACCCCAUCAAAUAGCAGUCCUAAACAGAGCCCAAUUGUAUCAGCUAUUGAGACAACUGAAUAUGAAACAAGAUCUGUUAAGACAAUUAAAAGAAUUGAACAAUUUCCUGUGGAAAAGGAAAAUGGAAGUGGCUAAGAAUAUUUGAUUUGUAUAUGUGUUUACAAAUUAAUAAACUCUUGCCUUGACCAUUGCUUGGCCAGGUGUUCAAACA